GCAAUAAAGGUCCCAGAGGAUUACCAGGGCUUGUGGGAGAGCCAGGUGUUGGUGGAGCCCCAGGCACUUUGGGUCCCUCAGGACGAGUAGGGCAAGACGGCAGCCCUGGGCCAACUGGGAAAAGGGGGUUCAUGGGAAAGCCAGGCAUGGUGGGCCCACAGGGCCCAGUAGGCAUGUAUGGCUAUCCAGGAGCAGUGGGUAUGCGUGGGAAGCCAGGGCACAUGGGGCAAAUGGGAGAGCCAGGUGUGAGGGGCCUGCCUGGGCCCACAGGGAAAUCUGGGGUACCAGGUGCACAGGGGCCUCCAGGGGAAGGAGGCUUGUCUGGACCUCAGGGUCGACAGGGACCACCAGGGGAUAAAGGGAUGCAAGGACCCAAUGGUUCCCCAGGUCUCCCAGGUCCAAUCGGUGGGAUGGGGAAGCCGGGCCCUCCAGGCAGUCACGGGCCCCCAGGGCCACAGGGUCCAGACGGGACCCCAGGAUUUCCAGGCAAACUGGGGAUGGAUGGAUCCAUGGGCCCAACUGGUGAGAAGGGUGACAAGGGAAUGCUUGGACCUCCAGGAGAUCACGGCCCCCCUGGGCUGGAUGGUGAGCAGGGUCUUCCAGGUCUAGCUGGCAUUGAGGGGCCAGCAGGGGAUAAGGGAGAACUGGGAGCCACAGGCCUCAGAGGCGACCUGGGACCCCAGGGGCCACCAGGAGAAUUGGGGCCAGUGGGUGCCAAAGGGCUGCAGGGUGACCAAGGGCAGCAGGGCAAGGAGGGUGACAUAGGAGUUAUUGGUGAAACUGGUGACCCAGGGCCAAAGGGGCAAAAGGGGAAUGUUGGCCCUCGUGGAUUUCAGGGGCCUCCAGGGCCUUCGGGGGCCCUUGGGGAGAAUGGCGGGAGAGGACCCAAAGGAGAGAACGGAUAUCUGGGAAUGCUAGGGCAGGUGGGAUUAUUGGGGAGAACUGGACCAUCAGGCCUGCCAGGACUGGAGGGUCUUCCUGGCCCCCCAGGACCACCUGGGCAAGAUGGACCUCAGGGACAGAAGGGGGAGGGAGGGCCCAGUGGUAUGAUUGGACAGUCUGGAUCUCCAGGGCCUAAGGGAGAGGCCGGGAAACAGGGACUCAAAGGCGACUCUGGGAUAUCAGGAUCUUCUGGCUCAGUUGGGCAAGAUGGGCGCCAGGGAGUUGAUGGCCCCAAGGGGUUCCGAGGGCUGGAGGGGUCAAAGGGUGACCCAGGAGAGAGUGGGGAGCCAGGAGUGGAGGGGCUAGAUGGUCUGCCAGGAAUCAAGGGGCCUCCAGGAAUACCUGGAUUAGAGGGACCCCCAGGCGAGAUAGGAGUGCAGGGCACUUCAGGACCACCAGGACCCCAGGGACCCAAAGGUCACCUAGGGUCUGAGGGGAGACAGGGGCUGAACGGUGAGAAGGGGGUCGAUGGCAAGAGCGGUCAGCCAGGGAAAACAGGACGUGCUGGAAGGAAGGGAAAACGAGGGAAAGCUGGAGGAAGGGGCUUAAGAGGACACAGAGGAGAAAAGGGACAGAGGGGAGAGAAAGGAAAUCAGGGCCGCCCAGGAAGGAUAGGACCUUAUGGGAAGCGUGGCCAUCGAGGUGAAAAGGGGGAGAAUGGAGAGAGCGGUGUGAAGGGAGAAAAUGGGCAGCCCGGGGCCCUGGGCCCAUCUGGGGUAGCUGGGCCAAAGGGGAAUCAGGGGCCUGUGGGAGAGAAGGGAAGAGACGGACUAAAAGGAGAGCAGGGAAAGAUUGGUCCUCCAGGACCAAUGGGGGCUGCAGGCCUGCCAGGAUUGCAUGGGCUGUUUGGAGAGAAGGGGUUGAUGGGAUUUGCUGGACUUCCAGGACCUCCCGGAGCGAAAGGCUUGCCCGGGCCACCCGGACCCCCGGGACCACCAGGGAUCUCUUUGAACCUCACCCUGACGCAAUUGAAGGACCUGAUUUAUGUGUCGGACAAGCCCAAUUAUGUCCUGAUCCAGACUGUGCUAGACUCCCUCCACCAGGACCUGAGGCUGUUUCUGGAUCCUCCCGACGGCACCAAGGAGCACCCAGCUACAACCUGCCUGGAGCUCUGGCUCUGCCAGCCAAACUUCACCAGCGGGUUCUAUUACAUCGACCCUAACCAGGGCAGUCCAGCCGAUGCUCUCCUGGCCUAUUGUGACUUCACUGCUGGUGGGCGGACAUGUCUGUCUCCCAGUCUGGCCCAGGUGCCAAUUAAAGCAUGGAUGAAGGAUUCUGGGACAGGAAACUCAUUCCACUGGCUGAGCACUCUGGACGGGGGCUUUCAGCUGCCCCAGUUUGAGUACCUAGGAGCCAGUGUGGUCCAGCUCAGGUUUCUGCGGCUUAGCAGCAGCUUUGUCACCCAGAACGUAACAUACUCCUGCGCCUAUGGUCACCAGCAAGGCCAGAGGGAGAGAGAAGUCAAAUUUCUGGCAGACACACGAAGACAGAGUUACCUGGGUACAUUGAAAGACUGUGUACUGUUUGAGGCAGCAGUGCCUUCUGGGGCGCGGGAGUCCGUGUUCCAGUUUGAAAGCAAGGAGCUGGACCUGCUCCCUCUCAGAGACCUGGCAGUGUUCGGCAGCAGAGACCUCACGCAGGAGUUCGGUUUCACCGUGGGACCAGUCUGUUUCAGUUAGAAGGGGCCCCUGCUCUCAGGACGCUCAAGGGGAGCCAAACCAUACAGAGCACUUUCCAGUGGGGGCCCUCCCUCAAAAAAAGAGGACAAUGGGAACUUCUCAUCUUUCAUAAUCUUUUGUUGUUUCUGUUAGUCACUGAGAGAGAGGCAGCAGCAUCAACGAGACAAGGAAUCUCUUUUUGCUAUUGAGCAGACUUGCCAGCAGAGGACAGCUCCAUUUCCUUUAAUUUAUGAGACUCAACGAGAGAGAUGACAUUUCCAUUUCUACAGGACUAUCUUUUAAUAUUGUUUACAGAGACUUGUGUUGAAAAGGUGCUAAUUUAUAUGUGUUGUUUUUUAUAUAAUGGUACUUUAUCCGUAUCCAGGUUUUAUAACAGUUGUAGAUGCUGUAAAUUAUGUUUUUGCUGACAUAUAAACAUGUAAACUUCAGGUAUGUUCAAGACCAAGAGAACUGUGGUGUGUAUGGUACACUUUAUGUGCACAGCUUUAACAAUGUGUUCCAAAUUGGGGAUGCAGCUAAUGUUCUCUAAAAAUGUGCUUACUAAGCACUGUCUUAUUACCUCUGAACAUCUUUGAGAAACCCAUUUCCCAGGUGUGUUUAGUUCCCCAACCCAUCUCUGUGUGGAAACUGACUUUUACCCCUGAGCGCAGCUGUUCAAACAGAUCCGCAAUACUCUUAAGUAUAGGGAUGGACUGUAUGCAUGCAUAAUCCCUCCCUACAUCUGAUAACUAUCAUCCAAACUAUACUGCUUAAGUCAUGGAAUGAAAAGUCCUCAUUGACCACAUUAAUAUUUCUGUAUCAGACUUGCCAAGCAUUGGAGCUGACACAUGUGCACAUGCUCUGUGUUUCAGCAUUGCUGCACAAUCCUUUUACACUUAUCUUAAAAAAAACUAGUAUCCAAACUUGCUCAGAAAAAAUAGUAUAAAUUUGUUGAAAAAGUAACCCUUAUCGCAUAAACACAAGAUGCCAUUACCUUCCCCAAUAGAGAAAUAGAAAAUAUCUGUACUUGAACUGUGGAGAGCUUUGUGGUAAAAUAUUUCUCAUGCAUACAGUACCUCCAUGUACCUACUGACAUAUUUGUGAUUUAAAGGUUCACAGUACAGGUCAGAAUGAAUUGCUGUCUUUGUGCCAUUAAGUGCACACCAUAUCCAUACAGAAUCACCAUCAGGUUUAAGGGAAGAAAACGUCAUAUUCCAUGAAUGGGCUCCUCUAUCAAACAUGGAGAUCAUCUGGCCAUUACAAUAAGUGGUGAUUGUCAUUUUUUGUUUUCCUCAAAUACCAAAUGCUGGCAAACUGUUUCUUGCAAGAUGAGAGAUCUUAUUAUUUGAUGCAUGCAGCUUGCCUUAAAGAAUGAAGGUAAUUUAAGUGUGGUUGCCUUAGCUGGCUGAGACAAAUCAGUGGUGCUCUUCAUAAAGCAAACCUUGUUUUUUUGUUUAUUUUUUGUUGAAUUUGCAUCAGUGUGGUUGUAAUGUUGUAAAUUAUGUUUAAAUGAUAUGCUGGCCAUUUUAAGUCUAUAAUAUGAGAGUUGUAUCUUGGAUUCAAAACAGUUGAAUAGUU